AUGUCAAAUUAUAUGGUGGUGCGUCGCUUUUUUGCCAAUCAUUGCCGCAUUAGAGCAAAUUCAAACGUAUUUACUGUGAAACAACGGAAAUUAUUUACUUCCGCAAAAGCAAUAACAACAAAUCAUUUCGUUACCAACAAAAAUAUAUUGUGCGCGCACGCAUCUACGUCGUUGACCCCCCAGAAAAUGGUCUUCAAAUACCCAGAGGUGAGGAGAGACGAGACCGUCGUCGACGACUACCAUGGUACCAAGAUUGUCGACCCAUACCGUUGGCUAGAAGACCCCGAUUCGAACGAAACCAAAGAGUUCAUAGAGGCAGAGAACAAAAUCACAAGGCCGUACCUGGACGCAUGCCCUGUCAAAUGUGACGUCAAUCAGAGACUCACCGAGCUCUGGAACUACCCCAAAUACUCAUGCCCCUUCAGAAGGGGAAACAAAUAUUUCUUCUUCAAAAAUACCGGAUUACAGAAUCAAAAUGUAUUAUACGUGCAAGACAGCCUGGAAGGAGAGCCCCGUGUGUUCCUAGACCCAAACACACUGUCCGAGGAUGGCACGGUCGCACUCUCAGGGUCGCGCUUCACAGAGGACGGCAACACUUUUGCGUACGGCCUCUCCGCCAGCGGCUCCGACUGGAUCACUAUACACCUGAAAGAUGUCGCUACAGGUGAAGAUUAUCCAGAAGUUCUAGAAAAGGUGAAAUUCGCGUCAAUGUCAUGGACUAAAGACAACAAAGGUUUAUUUUAUUCUAGGUAUCCGGAGCAGACGGGCAAAACGGACGGAUCGGAAACAGAAGUAAACCGCGACCAGAAGCUGUGUUACCAUCGCCUCAACACUCCACAGUCUGAGGACGUCAUCACUGUUGAAUUCCCCGAAGAACCCCUAUGGAGGAUAGGUGCUGAGGUGACAGACUGUGGGAGGUACCUGAUCGUGUCCCCAGUGAAGGACUGCAGAGACAACCUGCUAUUCUUCGCUGAUCUCAGCAAGACGCCCGAGAUCAACGGCAAGCUUAACUUGACACAGAUCGUGCACAAGUUCGAAGCCGACUAUGAGUACAUUACAAACGAAGGUUCCAUGGCCAUAUUCCGUACAAACAAAAACGCACCUAAUUAUAGACUGAUCAAGAUCGACUUGCACAACCCCGCCGAAGAGAACUGGCAAACUCUGUUACCUGAACAUCCCACUGAUGUUUUAGACUGGGCGUCUGCGGUAGACAACGAUAAACUCGUCAUUCACUAUGUCAGAGAUGUAAAGAGUGUGUUGCAACUGCACGAUAUGCGUUCAGGCGAUCUUCUCCAAACGUUCGACUUAGACGUAGGUUCCGUGGUCGGGUUUUCCGGAAAGAAGGAGCAGACGGAGAUCUUCUAUCAUUUUAUGUCUUUCCUCACACCCGGUGUCAUCUACCAUGUUGAUUUCAAGAAAAAACCUUACAAACCAACGGUGUUCCGAGAGGUGAAAGUAAAGGGUUUCGACCCGUCCCAGUAUGAAGCCAAACAGAUAUUCUACUCAAGUAAAGAUGGCACUAAAGUGCCUAUGUUUAUUGUUUCCAAAAAGGGUUUGGCACGUGACGGGUCGAACCCGGCGCUGAUCUACGGCUACGGAGGGUUCAACAUCAACAUCCAACCGAGCUUUAGCGUCACUCGUCUAGUGUUUAUGCAACAUUUCAAUGGUGUUGUCGCCAUACCCAACAUACGAGGCGGGGGUGAGUACGGAGAGAGAUGGCACAACGCGGGUCGGCUGCUCAAGAAACAGAACGUAUUCGACGACUUCCAAGCCGCCGCCGAGUACUUGAUCAAGGAGCAGUACACCAAGCCGUCGCUCGUGACCAUCCAGGGCGGCUCCAACGGCGGGCUGCUGGUGGCCGCCUGCAUCAACCAGCGCCCCGACCUCUACGGGGCCGCCAUCGUGCAGGUCGGCGUGUUAGAUAUGCUCCGGUUCCAGAAAUUCACGAUCGGUCACGCUUGGGUGUCUGACUACGGCAGCUCGGAUAAUAAAACACAGUUCGAAUACUUGCUCAAGUAUUCGCCUCUACAUAAUAUUCACAAACCCAUGAAUGGGACGGAGUACCCGGCGACGCUGAUCCUGACGGCCGACCACGACGACCGCGUGGUGCCGCUGCACUCGCUCAAGUUCAUCGCCGCGCUGCAGCACGCCGCCACCGCGCGCGGAGCUCACCAGCGCCGCCCGCUGCUCGCGCGCAUCGACAACAAGGCGGGCCACGGCGGGGGGAAGCCCACCGCCAAGAUUGCGGGCCACGGCGGGGGGAAACCCACCGCCAAGAUUGUAAGUGCACCCUGUACUCGCUACGGCGCAUCGACAACACGGCGGGGGGAAGCCCACCGCCAAGAUUGUAAGUGCACCCUGUACUCGCUACGGCGCAUCGACAACAAGGCGGGCCACGGCGGGGGGAAGCCCACCGCCAAGAUUAUCGAUGAACACACCGACAUUUUGUGCUUUAUGAGCCAAGCGCUCGAUCUGAAGUUUUACAAAUAA